AUGGAAGAAGAAUUAAGGGUAGGUGAUCACGAAAUGACGGACGAAUGUGAGGACCAAGCUGAAAACACAUCUUUGAUAUCGUCCCAAAAGUGCUCAUCCUUCGAUUUGAAUGAAGAAGCAAGCAGCGAAGAGGAUAAUGGCACUGCUGAAGUUAGUAAUACUGAUGGUGAGAAGAGAACAGAAGGGGAUUCUGCUAAUAAUGGUAUGUCUGCAGAGAGAAAUGAACGUAGGUCCUCAGUGAGGCAAUAUGCUAGAUCAAAAAUGCCUCGGCUACGAUGGACUCCUGAUCUCCAUCUAUCUUUUGUGCAUGCUGUUGAAAGGCUUGGUGGGCAAGAGAAAGCAACUCCCAAGUUAGUUCUUCAGUUAAUGAAUGUGAGGGGGCUUAGCAUUUCCCAUGUAAAGAGUCAUCUACAGAUGUACCGAAGUAAGAAGCUCGAUGAGGCCGGCCAAGUGCUAUGUCAAACAAACAGAUCAAUGCACGGAACAGAUUACAUGCCAGGCAAGUUCCACCAAAUGUCAAACAGUCCUCAACAAUGCUUCAGAAUGGAGAGUGGUGGAAUUGUUUUAGCCAGAAAUUCUACUGAGCAUACUGUUGGUCGCAGCUCUUCCCUCCUCCAGAGAGCAUUAAGUAACAAGACCAGUUUCUCAAGGUACCAACAAUGGGAAGUUGAUAAGCAUGGAGUAACAAGGCAAAGUAGUUUGGCAAGGAAGGACCUCGGACAAGGAUUAGACACAACAACCAAAAUAAAGCCAAUGAGGCCUGUCAGAUUCCUCGAAGAACGUCGGUGGCCUCCACUCGAAAUGGUUAAAAAUCGAUGGAAAAUUUUAAGAAAUAAUCCCACCGGUGUCACCUGUACUGAUAGUUGCUCCCCACCUCAAGAACAUCAAAAUUGUCCGUUGCCAAGGUCGUUCGAGACAAGCUGCUACUGGAAGCCAACUGGAGGCAACUCUGGAAAUGACAUAGAGAUAAAGCAACCCUUGUUCAAUUCUUCUGUUUCCAUUGGCAAUUUCAAUAGCUUUAAACCAGAGUUUGAGCCCCCAUUUCGGCUUGAGUUGAAUCGUGAAAAAAUGUUGAAGGACAAGGAAUGGCUGCCUGAUUUGCAACUGAGACUUAGCCAAAGAGUUGGAAUGAAUGACCAUAAGAGUACUCAUUGUAGAAGCACACAGGAAAUUAGCACCAAGCUUUCACUUUCUUAG